UUAAGUCACCGCUUCUAGGGGCUGUGUUCCAAGCCUCGUUUUAAAAGCUCGGGAAAGUCAGUACUUCGUUACACCGGGACUUUCAGUGAAGGACUGGCAUGAAACAUACUGUUAAUUCUGGUACAGCAUCCAGUUCUAGAAUUAUGAAACUUUGGACAAUCGGAUUUUAAAUGUUAAAGCAUUGAGUCUCACUUCAGUUUGAGUUUUGUAUCUUAUUCCAACCAGAAAUAAAUACAUUAAUUUGAUGGUUCUUGCCAUUCCCAUAAAAAAUUAUUAUACUUUCCUAUCUUCAGAAGAACGCAAUACUUUUUUAAAAUUAAGUCUAUAAAGGAAUCUUUCAAUUGCUCACAAUUUUUUUUUCUGCCAUGUCUUUGUGGUUUGGUAAACAACUCAUUAAGCCAACAGUUAUCUUCUUAAGGACGGAGUUAUCUUUUGCCCUUGUGAAUCGGAAACCAGUGGUACCAGGUCAUGUGCUAGUUUGUCCUAUAAGGCCUCUGCAACGUUUUAAAGAUCUGAUGCCUGAAGAAAUAAGUGACCUCUUUAUCACAGUACAGAGAGUAUCCAGCAUAGUAGAGAAACACUUUGUUGGCACUUCUCUAACCAUCUCAAUCCAGGAUGGUCCAGAGGCAGGACAAACUGUUCCUCAUGUUCAUGUGCACAUUUUACCCAGGAGAACAGGGGAUUUCGAAAAAAAUGACACAGUGUAUGAAGUUUUGCAUAACAAUGACAAAGAAGAACUGUCAGCUUCAGAGAAGUGGAGAUCUGAGGAAGAGAUGAAAGCAGAGGCUGAUGAACUCAGAAAGUAUUUCUAAUACUGAAAUGUCUACUGCUGCAAAUUUUUCAUUUCACCUUUUAUUGCACAUAUUCACAAUGUUAUUAAACUGACAUUAUAAACUACUGUAUACUUGGUAUAUCAAUGCUAUUACCCUUUAGUGACUAACCCUGUUUUGGGCCUUAGUGACCAGCAUUAUUUAUUUAUUUAUUUAUUUAUUUUUUCAUUUUUCCAUCUUCUCAUUCCAGAGCUAUAACGGUUUUAUUUUUCCGCCAACUUAACUUUGAGGUUUUUGUUUUUUGCAGGACAAGUUGUAGUUUUCAAUGGCAGUGUUUUGGAUGCACAGAACUUGCUGACUAACUUUUAUUAACUCUUUGUGGGGGGGAUGGAAAAUCAUCAACAUUACCACUAGUUUUUACAUCUCCACAUCCCAAGAAUCUUAACUUUUUUUUAUUUUAUUUCUCUGUCAUCUCCAUGACAGCACACCUGAUAUUGUCCCCACCCUGUUUGGACAGGAAACAACGGACAAGCAGACAGGUCAGGGUUUCCUACCCCUGAUAAAAGGAAGGAAGAUUCAUAUGAGGAUUCACAGGGUUCCUGGUGAAAGGGGUGGCUCUUCCUCCUCUGUUUAUAUUAUUCCUUACUUACUUACUCUGUUUAUCUGUGCCCAGGCUUUGCUUGCACUGUAAGACCUGGCCAAAGUUCCCUUCAGCGGUGGCCCUAGGGAGGCAUGAGAGAGGUGGUGAGAGGUAGCAUGGGACCGUAGCAAUGUUAAGAGGCACCUCCCUACCGGUCGCCUGGUGAUGA